CUAGACAAUGUGCUCAGUCGGAUCUAUGAGCUCUUGCCUCCUAAGAUUUCCCAAUGGCAGAGCAGCCCUUGUGUGACAGAGGAGAACAAUAAGAAGAUGCUGGAGAAGAUCAGACGUGAGCAGCUGGAGUGUCGACAGAAACUGGCCGAGCUUGACCUCAGGCACCAGGAACUGGACGGCAUUGUGGACCGUGCCAAAAACGUCACUAUAGCCCCGGAGCAAGAUGAGAAGGAUAAUGAGGAUGAUUUGGAGUUGAGUCUGUACUGCGUCACGUGCGGGGCCGAGUUAAAUCAGAAAGGAGCAUUACGUCACAUGGAAAAAUGCUUCUCCAAGUUUGAAGCCCAGACGUCUUUUGGUUCUAUCUACAAGACGAGGAUUGAAGGGAACUCCAUGUUCUGUGAUUACUAUAACACACAGCAGAAGGUGUACUGUAAACGACUCAAAGUCCUCUGUCCAGAACACACCAAGGAACCAAAGGUUGGACCAGAAGAGGUGUGUGGCUGCCCUCUGGUGGUGGACGUCUUCACAGAGACGGGGGAAAUCUGUAGGGCACCAAAGAAGAAGUGUAAUAAACACUACUGCUGGGAGAAAUUACGCCGAGCUGAAAUCGACAUGGAGCGCGUUAGACAGUGGCUGAAACUAGACGACCUCUUUGAGCAGGAGAGGAACAUCCGUGUUUCCAUGGCGAACCGUGUGGGAGUCCUAGGACUCAUGCUCCAUCAAACCGUGGAUCACGAUCCGUUAAAUCCAAUCCGGCCCCCAAACAUGGAGUAAAUAAAAAACAAAUGAUUCCAGCAAUGUGUUCUUUUCUGUUACUGAUAAGAUGAUAAUGAAAUUCUUUAUAUCAUUCCAACAAUUUGGGAUCAUUUAAACUUAAACUGACAUUGACUUGUAAAUAAAUAAUGAAGUGGUUGAUCCCAUUAUAAAAUUUCCACUUCUCUAAUUAAUAUACUUGAAUUACAUGUACAUAUUGUGAAUUAGAAUUGUAUGUAUAUAUAUAUCCAAUUGGUUUUUUUUACUUGGUAUGCUUUUUCCAUCAUUAAAGUAUAUUUCCACUGUACAUAAA